AUGAGCGCCCCAGUGUUUCGUUACGGCGGCCCAUCAUGGGCUCCCCCGCCACGGCAAGGGCAUUGCCGUGUGCUGCCGGAUUCCUCGCUGCGGUCAUUUACCAAUCCAGCACCCACCGCAUCCGCCUCUAAAAAGAUUCUGCCGGAGUGCCCUGGCGCCUACCGCUCCCACCCACGGCCCUCGCAAGGUGAGACGCAGUUAAUUGGUGUCUCCUCCACCACCACCGUGUUGCACACGUUGCACGGGCAGAAGGAUCGGCAGUGGAACCGGCCGUGGUCGCACUCGGAACGUCUGCCCCUACUGACUCAGUUAGGAGGAAUGCGGCAGCGGCCACAGUCCCCGCGCCCAAACCAACAGGCAAACAACAACAUCACCCAUCAUGCGUUAGAUGAUAGCGAGCUGAAGACGCCGAUAAAAACAGAGCAGCAGCAGCCGCCUGUCCCGCUUCGAAACUUCGGCAACACGUGUUACUUGAAUGCAAUCAUGCAAUGCAUCCUGCAUUCUCCGUGGUUGCUUUCUCUUUUGGCUUCGGUCAAUGCAGGACCGAAGCAGUGUCCAGCGACGUCGGUUCUGUUGGAUUUGAACGCAUCACAUGUUUCUAGUCCCGGGAAGCUGCUUCUCACCAUCAAGGAUGAGGCGGCUAAAUUCAAUGCGGAGUUUAAAAAUAAUGGACAAUCGGAUGCGCAUGAGUUUCUUCGAACACUUCUCUUUAUGGUGCACAGCGAAGUAAACACUAGUGGUGGUCGUAACGCACCCUACGAGGAGGUGAAGGAGGUCGAGCAUGAAGAUGAAGAAGAAGCCAUGAAACGCUGGCGAGAACACUUUCUCCGGGUCGACAAUUCCGUUAUAUACGACCUAUUUGGAGGUGUGAUGCGCUCCAAGUCCGUCUGCUCUUCCUGUGGUAAAGAGUCUCUGACGUUUGACCCCUUUCUCGACCUCUCCCUUCCAAUGGUGCAGGGGGGGAUGAAGGCUAUGACGAUUGAGUCCGCAUUGAAAGACAACUUUAAUGAUGCAGAGGAGAAGCUGCGUGGGGGCAAUCAGUUACUAUGCGCGCGUUGUAGACGACCACGAAAUGGGACACGCACCCUGAAAAUCAGGCAGUGGCCCAAAAUUUUAGUGCUGCAUUUAAAGCGAUUUGACGAUACAGGAAAGAAGAAUUCAGGGCAGGUCGUCUUCCCGGAGUCGUUCAUGACGCAUGACAGCAGUCCGGUGCAGUACCAGUUGUAUGGUGUGGUGUGCCAUAGUGGGUCGGAGCACUGGGGGCACUACACAAGUUACGUGCGCACUUUGUCAGGCCAUUGGUACUAUUGCAAUGACGCCAUCAUUGCUUCGUCCACCGUCAAGGAGGCCAUGCAGGCAUUGACGCUGGCGUAUGUUUUGUUUUAUGCGGAGACGCAAGUGCGCCGUGUAAGUACAAGUUCUGGCGCGGUGGAUAAACAUGAGUGUCUUUAA